GCGUAGCCGCCCCAGCGGCGGGAGCGGCUGCAGCAACUCUCGGCGUCCCCGAGGUGACCAGCUGGGCAUCCGGGCUGGGACGGGGGCUGGGGAUCCGGGAGGGGCAGGGUCCUGAUCCAGGACAGCGGGCUCUGCGUCCCUGCGAGGUGAGAGCGCCCGGGGUCCCCGCGCGGAGUUCGGGGGGCGCGUCGGAUCCUGCCCGCCCAUCUGGGUGCCUUGACCCGAACCUUGCCUUUCGGGCCGGCGGGAGGACCCCUCGUCCGCUCCAGCCAGCGCUGUUCACCCCGGCAGACCCAGCUCGCGACUCCUUCUGUUUUGCAUUGAGGGCUUAAAAUGGACGGCACGGAAGGCAGUGCUGGGCAGCCCGGCCCUGCGGAGCAGUCCCACCGCAGCAGCGUGUCCUCCGUGGGCGCCCGAGCGGCCGAUGUGCUGGUAUACCUGGCGGAUGACACCGUGGUGCCCCUGGCCGUGGAGAACCUGCCCUCGCUCAGCGCCCAUGAGCUGCACCGGGCCGUCCGUGAGGUGCUGCAGCUGCCGGAUGUCGCCCUGGAGGCCUUCGCGCUCUGGCUGGUCUCGCCUCUGCUGGAGGUGCAGCUGAAGCCCAAGCACCAGCCCUACAAGCUAGGCCGCCAGUGGCCAGAGCUCUUGCUGCGCUUCACCGACGCACCGGAUGACGACGUGGCCAUGGACGAACCCUCCCUGCAGUUCCGAAGGAAUGUGUUUUUCCCCAAGCGGCGGGAGCUCCAGAUCCAAGAUGAGGAGGUCCUGCGGCUGCUCUACGAGGAGGCCAAGGGCAACGUGCUGACCGUGCGCUACCCGUGCGACCCGGAGGACUGCGAGGCACUGGGUGCCCUGGUGUGCCGUGUGCAGCUUGGGCCCUACCAGCCUGGCCAGCCUGCGGCCUUGAGGGAGAAGUUGGACUCCUUUCUCCCUGCCCACCUCUGCAAGCGGGGCCAUGGGCUCUUUGCUGCCCUCCGGGGCCGCGGGACCAAAGCUGGACCUGGCGAACAAGGGCUGCUGCACGCCUACCGUCAGGUGAAGGAGACCGGCAGCGGCGAACACGAGGCUGCCCUGGGUACCCACUACCGUGCCUACCUCCUCAGGUGCCACGAGCUGCCCUUCUACGGGUGCGCCUUCUUCCAUGGUGAGAUCGACAAGCCAGCCCAGGGCUUUUUACACCGCAGUGGGCGCAAGGCAGUGACCGUGGCCAUCAAUUUGGAAGGAGUUCAUGUCAUUGACCACAGGGACAAGCACGUGCUGCUGGGCCUGCGUUUCCAGGAGCUGUCGUGGGACCACACCUCCCCUGAAGAGGAAGAGCCUGUCCUCUGGCUGGAGUUCGAUGGGGACAGCGAGGGCACGCCUGUCAACAAGCUGCUGCGGAUCUACUCCAAGCAGGCCGAGCUCAUGAGCAGCCUCAUCGAGUACUGCAUCGAGCUGAACCAGGUCGCUGAGCCCGUCGCCCCCCAGGACAGCGCGACCGGCCCCCGCGCGGCCCCUGGCUCCUUGCCGCCGCCAGCGCAGCGCCCCAAGCUGCGGAGGCAGAGCAGCGUAGUGUGCAGCCGGAUCCAGCAUCUGUCCACCAUCGACUACGUGGAGGAUGGCCAGGGCAUCAAGCGGGUGAAGCCAAAGCGGUCGACGUCUUUCUUCAGCCGCCAACUGUCCGUGGGCCAAGGGAGCUACACCGUGGUGCAGCCCGCAGACAGCGGGGAGCAGGAAUCAGGGUGACCGCCAGGCGCGAGGUGGCUCCACACCCAAACCCACAGGGGCAGGGCCCGGCUGGGCUGCCUGGACUGCUCGGGCCCUGGGGGUGGGCUCCAGGCCACACCUCCCCUGGACCCAGUCCCCCACCCCUGGGGAUGAGCUUGUCGGGCAGGCGAGGCUCUGUGCUGAAGGGCGCAGGCGGCACUGCGGCAGGCAGCUGAGGCUCACAGCUUCCAGCAGGUGCCCUGCUCUUUCCCCUGGACCAGGGUGGCUGCUUUCCUGCAUCUCUGUCACUGCCACCACUCCACCCUGGCUAUCUGGUGGUUGCCACAGAAGGCCGGGGGUCUCCUAAGACUGUGUGGUGGUAGAGUGAAGGUGAGUGCUCAGGCUUGCUGGGUCUCGCUGGGCUGGGCCUCGCUGGGCUGGCCAGGCUAUGGGUCAUGCACAAGGCUUCUGGGCAGGCAUGCGACACUGACAUGAAAGGUGACUUUGUUGGUCUCUGGGAGGUAACUCUCCUGGGACCCCUCAGGGCCACCAGACCCCCACUGUACACUGAAUCACUUCGCAGGGCCCUGGUGGUCCUGCUCAGCUGAUCCCCCACCCGCCGUUUGCUCCCAGCAUCCUGGGCCUCGGGGCUUCAUGUGGGGCCUUUUUCAUGCAGUAGAGUUCAGGGCUUCCACUGGCCCCAGCGUGGGCAUCGCGGCCGCCGAGAAAGCCAGCCCCCUGCCAGCCAGUCUUCUGUCUGGAGAACGUCAGGAGGUGCAGACGUGGCCGCUCACCUCAGCCUGGCCCUGCUGGCCACAGCGAUCCGUGCCUUUCCCAGCCCCUGCAGCUCUCCGUGCAGGCUGUGUAGCUCUCACAGGAGGCUUCCCGGAACUCCCUGCAGGACAGGGCAGGCCCAGGGGGAGGGUCUGCGGUCUGCCAUCCCUACCCAGCGGUGAUGACGGGAGGAAAGGCUGUGGCGUCGCCCCUCUGCAGCAGGAACCUGCGGGUUCCUCAUAGUGCAGAGAAUGCGGAGACGUCCCCAGCCUUGUGGAAUAGCCCAGGUGCAGGGCAACUUCAGCUGCCACUCCUGUGUCGCCUUGUGGUGUGCUGUGGCUGGGCCUAGCCUGUGCUCAGGACUCGGGUCUCUGCCCACUGUUGAUGGCAUGUGGGCUGUGGAGUGUGUGUGUAUGUGUGUGAGGGUGAACCUGGACCAUGUCCUCCAAGCUUUCUCAUGCUUUCUGAGCGUUCACUGUGCCUUAACAUUUUCUGCCUGCCCUUUUGGACAAAGCAGAGUUUUACUAAACGCCCAUGAAUGUUCUUUUGUACCAUGUGACUUAUUAGUAAUAAAAUUCAUUUCUAGCCAUA